UGAACAACAUUAGAAAACAAUAGCGUUGCAAAUUAAUUCCAUAGGGAAAAGAAAAAGGAGAAAUAGAUAAGCCAUUCUCUAUCUCAUCCUCUUCAACAACAAUGGAGUCCACCCUUUUCCUCUCCAAACCUCUUCCGACCACCAUCAAAACCACCACCCACUCUCUCUCCUCCGUCUACCCAAACCCCUUCAAACCCAACAACCUCACAUUCCCCCGCACCACCCACAAACACCCCACCACCACCACUAUCACCGCUGCAAUCAGCCGCACAAAGAAGGAAGAAACAGUGGAAACAGUACAGAAGCACCUCGAAAACUGCUACCUUUUAGCCGCAAUCAACUACAAGGGUUUCACUGUCAAGCAAUUCCAAGAUCUCAGGAAAGCACUCCCGGAAAAUACAACCUUAAUUGUUGCUAAAAAUACCCUUGUUGAGAAAGCAGUACAGGACACACAAUGGGCAGCCAUUAAACCUUGUAUGAAAGGCAUGAAUGCUUGGCUUUUUGUUCAUUCUGAAGAAAUCCCAAUUGCAAUUAAGCCUUAUAGAACUUUCCAGAAGGAGAGGAAGCUUGAGGAUAAUGACUUCACUGGUGCUUGUUUUGAGGGUAAGUUUUAUGGGCCUGGUGAGGUCAAGAGAUUGGAGACAAUGCCUUCAAAGGCUGAGAUUUUCGCGAAAUUGCUCGGUUCUUUGAAGAGUCCUGGAAGUGCUCUUGUGGGUACUUUGCAGGCUCCUGCUAGGGAUUUGGUGUUUCUUUUGAAGGCUUAUAUUAAGAAGCUUGAGGAUGAGCAGCAGCAAGGCUGAGAGGUUUUCUUUUUAUUGUCUAUUUGUUGUAAGUUUUUAACUGUCUUUAAUGUUUAUUUGAUUUUAAUGUUAGUAGUGGAGAAUUUGUAGAGGUGGGAAUUGGAAAAUGAUGAAUUGUAUUAUGAGUUUUAAUGAAUAGAACCAAACUACUUUUGGCUA